AUGGCGGGCGGCACCAAGUCGUUCCUGGCCGAUGCGGGCUACGGGGAGCAGGAGCUGGACGCCAACUCUGCCCUCAUGGAGCUGGACAAGGGCCUCCGGUCCGGCAAGCUCGGCGAGCAGUGCGAGGCCGUGGUUCGGUUCCCCCGGCUCUUCCAGAAAUACCCCUUCCCCAUUCUCAUCAACUCCGCCUUCCUCAAGCUGGCGGAUGUGUUCAGGGUCGGGAACAACUUCCUGAGGCUUUGUGUGCUCAAAGUUACUCAACAGAGUGAAAAGCACUUGGAGAAGAUCUUAAAUGUGGAUGAGUUUGUGAAAAGAAUUUUCUCAGUAAUUCAUAGCAAUGAUCCAGUUGCUCGGGCCAUUACACUCCGGAUGUUGGGCAGCAUGGCAUCUAUCAUUCCAGAGAGGAAGAAUGCACAUCAUAGUAUUCGUCAGAGUUUGGAUUCCCAUGAUAACGUGGAAGUUGAAGCUGCUAUAUUUGCUGCUGCUAACUUUUCCGCACAAUCAAAGGAUUUUGCUGUAGGAAUAUGUAAUAAGAUCAGUGAGAUGAUUCAAGGUUUAGCCACUCCUGUGGACUUGAAGUUGAAGUUGAUCCCUAUUCUGCAGCACAUGCAUCACGAUGCUAGCCUGGCCUCCAGUUCCCGGCAGCUGCUUCAGCAGCUGGUAACAUCGUAUCCUUCUACCAAGAUGGUCAUUGUUACUUUGCACACCUUCACCCUGCUUGCUGCUUCCUCUUUGGUUGACAUUCCCAAACAGGUUCAACUUUUGUUGCAAUACUUGAAGAAUGACCCGAGGAAGGCUGUGAAGAGACUUGCGAUCCAAGACUUAAAGUUAUUGGCCAAUAAGACACCGCAUACAUGGAGUAGAGAAAAUAUUCAGGCACUCUGUGAAUCUGCUCUUCAUACUCCUUACGACAGUUUGAAACUGGGCAUGCUGUCCGUUCUUUCGACUCUGUCAGGGACCAUUGCCAUUAAGCAGUACUUCAGCAGUGUACCAGGAACAGCCACUACAACUGCAAGAUCAUUUGAUUUGGUGAAACUAGCCCAGGAGUGCUGUUACCAUAAUAACCGGGGCAUUGCAGCUCACGGAGUGAGAAUUCUGACCAAUAUAACAGUUUCUUGUCAGGAAAAAGAUCUCCUGCCUUUGGAGCAAGAUGCAGUUUUUGGAUUAGAAUCUCUCCUUACCCUUUGUAGUCAAGAUGACAGUCCGGGAGCUCAAGCAACCCUGAAGAUCACAUUAACUUGCAUGGUGAAGUUGGUCAAGUGCCGUCCCCACCUGAGCCAGUCCGUGGUGGAAUCGCUGUUGACCCAGCUGCACAGUGCCCAGGAUGCUGCCAGGAUCCUCAUGUGCCACUGCCUGGCAGCCAUUGCCAUGCAGCUGCCCGUGCUGGCAGACGGGAUGCUAGGGGACCUCAUGGAGCUCUACAAAGUCAUCGGGCACUCUGCCACCGACAAAAAACAGGAGCUCUUGGUCUCUCUUGCCACGGUGAUAUUUGUUUCCAGUCAGACAGCCUUGUCUUCAGAAAUCAAGACGGUGAUCAAGCAGCAGCUGGAGAACGCCUCCAACGGGUGGACGGCGUACCGGAUAGCCCGGCAGGCCUCCCGAAUGGGCAACCACGACAUGGCCAGAGAACUGUAUCAAAGCCUGCUGACCCAGGUGGCUUCCGAACACUUCUACUUCUGGCUGAACAGUUUGAAGGAGUUCUCUCAUGCAGAGCAGUGUCUGACAGGUUUGCAAGAGGACAACUACAGUUCAGCACUUUCUUGCAUUGCUGAGGCUUUAAAAUCCUAUCACAAGGGAAUAGCAUCACUGACGGCUGCCAGUACGCCACUUAAUCCUCUGAGCUUUCAGUGUGGGUUUGUGAAACUCAGGAUUGACCUUCUGCAAGCUUUUUCUCAACUCAUUUGUACCUGCAACAGCCUCAAAACAAGUCCACCGCCAGCUAUUGCCACAACAAUUGCGAUGACAUCAGGAAAUGAUCUCCAGAGGUGUGGACGUAUCUCUAACCAGAUGAAACUCUCCAUGGAGGAGUUCAGGAACUUGGCUACACGUUAUGGAGAUCUGUAUCAGUCGUCUUUUGACGCAGACUCGGCGACUCUAAGGAAUGUAGAAUUACAACAGCAGAGCUGCCUGCUGAUUUCACAUGCAAUAGAAGCCCUAAUCUUGGAUCCAGAAUCUGCAAGCUUCCAAGAGUAUAGUUCGAAUGGGACAGCACACGUUGAGAGCGAAUAUGAACGAAGGAUGAUGUCUGUAUUUAACCACGUAUUGGAAGAAGUGGAAUCCCUCAACAGGAAAUACGCUCCUGUGUCUUACUUGCAUACAGCUUGUCUGUGCAGUGCUGUCAUUGCCUUGUUGAAGGUACCCCUUUCAUUUCAAAGGUACUUUUUCCAAAAACUGCAGUCUACAAGCAUUAAGCUUGCUCUGUCCCCAUCUCCGAGGAACCCUGCCGAGCCUAUUGCAGUGCAGAACAACCAGCAACUGGCCCUGAAGGUGGAGGGGGUAGUUCAGCACGGCUCGAAGCCCGGCCUCUUCCGCAAAAUCCAGUCCGUCUGUCUGAACGUGUCCUCGGUGCUGCAGAGCAAAUCUGGACAGGACUAUAAGAUUCCCCUUGACAACAUGACCAAUGAAAUGGAGCAGAGGGUGGAACCGCACAACGACUACUUCAGCACCCAGUUCCUGUUAAACUUUGUGAUACUUGGCACCCAUAACAUCACAGUAGAGUCCUCUGUAAUAGAUUCAAAUGGCAUUGUUUGGAAGACUGGGCCUAAAACAACAAUCUUUGUUAAGUCUCUCGAGGAUCCCUACUCCCAGCAAGUUCGUCUCCAGCAGCAACAAGGACAGCCUCCAUCCCAGCAGCAACAGCAAAGAACAGCCUACUCUCGGUUUUAACUCCUACAGGUGACUCUUAUCCUGCAAGAGUCAGGAGAAUCAUAGUUGUUUUUCUUGGAUGCAGUUUUAUCCCUCACCCAACAAUUAUAUUUUGAAUGUUCUGAAAAGAAGUGGCACCUGUGACCUUCUAAAUUGAUUAAGCUAAGGUAAAUUUGGGCUUGAAUCAUCAGCAGCAAGUAAGAACUGCUGCUGAAUCUCUUUCCCCUGUGUUUACAAAGCAGUUGCAGCUCCACAGCCGUAGCUAGCAGGGCGGGCUGGAGAAUUGUGUGACUAAGGCUUUCUGUGCUUCCUUUUUAUCAAGCAGGGGGGUUCUGAUACUAGGCUCAAAGGCCUAGUUAACGUGCUGGCUGGCUAAUACAGAACCAAGUGUAAAACCAGGCCCGUACCUCUUAACGUGUGGAAGAACAGGCAGGAAUAUCCAGAGCUUUUUUCCUGACCUAUUUUGAUAGAUUCUCCCGUUUGUCUGGUGUUUUUACAGUUCAUGAGCACUGUUUGAUGUGUUAAUGUGAAAGGGCCAAGGUGCAGGCACACUUUUCACAUGGAGUUGUGAAGAGAAAAGACAGGCUGGAGGGAGGUGUCAGGAGUCUUCCAGGAAGCAGAAUUUUGCUAGUGGGAGCAAUAACUUUCCUGGAUGGUGUAAAAAGAUUACUGUUUUGUUCUCAAUCUUCCUCAUUUAUCUGUGUUUCAGAAGCUUCUUUUUUAAGAGGAAAGUUAAUUUGCAAGUUGUCUUUCAGGUUUUGCUUCCUUUGUAUUUAAAGGAAUUCAUUAAAUGUCAGCUUUGUAACCUUGUGUACCCUUCUACCAACUCAGUAGUCUUAAUUGGCGCUUUUACAGGAUAACUUUAAAGAUAAUUUUGCCAAGAAGAGCAGUACUAGAAGCUGAUUCAGAAUCAAGUUGGAAAUAAUGCUGCUCCACACACAGCUUUCAUGCUGCCUUGGAGGUGCAAAGGGCUGAGCUCUGUGCCUGAACACACAUGCAGGAGAUGGCAUAACAUGUCCCUCACUUAGUGCUGAUAAAUAAUCUUAGUUCAUCACUCUACGUGACAGAAGAACUACCUGAAGGGGAAGGAGGAAAGAGGACACCUCUUACAGACUGUACCGUUUGUAAAUGGUUUAAUCCCUGUGUUUGGAGCAGAAAUUUUCAAUGUCCUUUUAUCAGAACAUUUCAAAUAUGUUGCUGUUUGCUCAAGUGGGUUCACUGUAGAAGCUGAGUAGAGUUUGCCAACCCUGCCUUUUUGGUCUGUAAAGAAUACAGUAAUGAAUUGUUAUAAGCCUGUGUUUCUUUGGCAUAGUUGGCUGAGGAAGCAGUUUCAUUGAUUUUUUUUUUUUCCUACUCAUUUCUUAAGAAGUCAACUCUGUUCCUCUUGGCUUGACACUCAGAGAGAGGAAAAAAAAGAAAGUGAUCCCCAUAAAUUUUGUGAUCGCUUGGUCAGAUUUUAGUGCUAAAAAGAAAUGAUGAUUGGGCUGCCAGAAGGAAGUGAGAAGACUCCCAAAAUUAUUGUAAAAGAUCACCAGUGUGCUCCUUAAACUGGAUCUUUAUUUUGUACAGGAGGCAAAAAUCACCA